AUGGGGAACGACCGUAUCUUCUACACUGAUGAGUCUCUUCAUCUGAAGAGGAAAGGAAAUGGUGUCUGGAUGCCAGAGAAAGGAAAAUCCGUUUGGGAUUCUCUCCGUCUGGAUCUUGUGGAUAAAGGACUCAUUGGAGAGGGGCCUUACUCACAGGUGAAGAAAGUAUACUCCCGGAAACUCAACAAACUUUUCGCGUUUAAAAAAAUCUCCAAACUGCGAGCACCUCGGGAGGUAGUGGAUACUUUCUUGCCGAGAGAAGUGACGAUCAUGCAGCAGUUGGCCCACGAACGACUCAUUGAUAUGGAGUCAGUGUUGGUAACUGACCACUAUACCUUUAUCCUGAUGGAGUUUAUGCCACGUGGAGACCUGACGGGCUACAUCAACAGACGAGGUCAUCUUUGCGAGGAAGAGGCACGGAUGUUGUUUCACCAGCUUCUGGAUGCAGUCAGUUACUUACACGCAGUAGACGUUGUACAUCGAGAUAUCAAAUGUGAUAACAUCAUGCUGGACGAUCAGUAUAACAUCAAACUCGGAGAUUUUGGUUUUGCUGCGAUGUGUGAGAGUGGGCAGAAACUGAAGGAGUACUGCGGAUCGUACGCCUACACUGCGCCCGAGAUUCUAGCCGGGGAACCCUACGAUGGCAAGAAAGCUGAUGUAUGGAGUAUGGGUGUUGUGUUGUAUGCUAUGUUGUGUGGCCGGCUACCAUACCACGAUGAAACGCUGGACAUCCUCAUGGAAAACAUAAACAACCCACACGAAAAGUUACUCUUCCACAAGAAAGUUUCCAGAGAUUGCCGACAUUUCGUACGUUGCAUGUUGACUGCUGAUCCUCUGUCCAGAGCAAGCAUCAAUAAACUGAAGCGAAUGAACUGGUUGAAUAAACCCAUCGAUAUGUCGACAGCUGACUACAAGACUCCCCAGUCCUCUUUCGAAUCUAUGGAACCAACCCCUGGCGGCAGGCCUCGACGCGCCUCUCUCGACAUGAGUAUGGAACAUGGAUUCUCAGAAAGCCAAAGAGAGAUAGUGAACGAAAAACAGCGCCCUCAUACUGUCACCGACGUACUCCGUGCAAUUGCUGUCCGACGAGCUUUUGGCGAGAGUGCGACCGAUAUCCAUAAACAUGUUGGACUCAAACCAGGGACUCAUCUUAAGGCAAACGAUGUUGGUUUGACGGGACCGGCUGGUCGAAGGAUCAGCAUUCAGCUCAGUCAUCAAAACUUACCAAUAUUUGCAGGUAUGAUGUCACAACCAGUUUCAGCAGCCCAGCAGCACUCCGCUGGUCGUAACGCCCGCCGUGCCAGCCUCAUGCCCGACCGUAAAGACAGUCUCUCAAUGCUCACAUCAGCAGCGCGUCGUGGCAGCCUCAAGCGCGGCUCGCUGGCUAAUUUCCAAGGCACCCUCCGAGCGAGUGGUUCCCAAAUCAUGAUGUCCAAUCACGAUCUCAUGGCAUCUGCCAUCAGUCUCAAUCAGAACAAGAUAGACAAGGAGCUCCACGACAUGCAUUUUUACAUGGGGUCCAAAGUGGCCAAAGCAGCCGGGUCCAAGCGCCACAAGUCAGCCGAGUGUACCCGCCGGAAUUCGGUCUUCACCGAGGACAUCCAACUGCGGACAAGCGAUCCGAACGCACUGAGUGCGGCUGAGCAACAAACCGUCAAUAUGUUCAGGUCGAAGUGUGAGAAAAUUAUAUAUAUGGUUGCUUAA